CGUCAGGUGAGAACCAUUCUUUCACUUUCACCAUGGAUCAUUCUCCUAUGAACUGGGGCCGUCCAAGAAACGAUGCUGUCGACCUCUACGGAACGUACCCAAUCCCACAACGGCCUUACAACGGAUCCAAAGGCUCGUUUUCAGCUGGUGUUCAGCAUACACAACAACCAAUAGUCACAGGAACGAGUGUCCUUGCCAUCAAGUACAAGGACGGGAUAAUGAUGGCUGCCGACAACCUCGCUUCCUAUGGUUCGCUCGCCCGUUUUAAGGAUGUCCAACGUCUUCAGGCAGUGGGCGACUAUACCGUCAUUGGUGCUAGCGGGGACAUGUCCGACUUUCAAUAUAUCCAAACUGUGCUGGACGAACUUAUGGUUGACGAAUUCACCGCGGCCGAUGGCCACAGCCUUGGACCAGCUGAAAUCCACGAGUACCUCUCUCAGAUCAUGUACGCCCGGAGGUCGAAGAUGAACCCUCUAUGGAAUUCACUGCUUGUUGGUGGAUUCAAAGACGGAAAGCGAUUUCUGGCAUACGUCGACUUGCUAGGGACCACUUACAGUGCGUCAACGCUGGCAACUGGUUAUGGUUCCUACAUUGCCCAGCCUCUUCUACGUAAGGCGGUGGAGGGGUACGAGGACGUCCUCACCGAGGAAGAGGCGCUUAAGAUUAUCGAAGAUAGCAUGAAAGUGCUGUAUUACCGAGAUGCAAGGAGUUUGAACAAGUACCAAGUUGCGAAAAUCACGGCUGCGGGCACAUCCAUCUCAGAGUCGCGUAGUGCGGAAACGAUAUGGUCCUUUGCCGAAGACAUCAGAGGAUAUGGCGCACAGACGCAAUGAUGAUUCGUAUAAUUAGUUUCGCUCAUGUUGUCAUUCUAGCAUUUUGUUCCUGGGUUGCUAUGUAGCUGCCACAGGCACAUACGAUAAUCAAUGAAUGUAAUGUUGCUCACUUCGGUAACCAAGUGGUGCAUCAGGGUUCUUCAGCAGGUAGUGGUUAUUCCCACGAUAUACGAUCGUGACUUGCACGAUUGCCAUUGGUCAUGAUCUAUCUGUUCGACCAUUCAAGCUCAAGUUUCAAGCCAAGUCUCUAGCUUACCUUGUAUGUCUUCUAUAUUACGCUAUUCGCACCGCCAAUAAAUAUACUAAAAACGCCGGCCUCAUGACUGAAUGGAAAACACGGCCCUGAUGGUGACAAAGAUCACGGCUUAGCGCCCACGGACAGGAUUGAUCAG